AGUAUAUUUUGGCGGGAUUCAAUUCAGUAAACAUUGGUAAACAUUCGAAAUGGAUUUGGGCUUGAAUCGACGAAGAAAACAGCAAAAGGUUAUCCCCGAUGGCCUCAAGGAACUAUACCCACACGAUUUGAAUUUCUUCACGGUGCCACCAAGCAGUGAAAUCAGUCUAAGUGAAUUUGAAGAUUUGGCUGUUGAGAGAUUGAAUGUUCUCAGAAUCCUUGCAUUUGCAUCACAAAAACCAGUGAAACAGUUCGGUACAGAAUGGAAGAAUUUCGUAUACGAGGAACUGCAGAAGCAAAACUUGAAGAAGUUUUUGAGAAUAAUCAAGUCAUCUGGAUCAAGCAAUCCAUCAGAAUUGGAUUACCAAGCACGAAGAGCAGAUCACAUAUCACAUUUUAUCCUUAGACUGGCCUAUUGCAGAUCUGAAGAGUUAAGGAGGUGGUUCAAAGAUAGAGAAUUGGAGCUGUUCAAGUUAAGGUUUCUGGAGUUGAGAGGUGCUAGUGUCCAGCAAUUUCUAGAAAUCAACAACUUGCACUAUUAUCCUAUAAAUGAGGAUGAGAGGGAUGAGCUGAGAGAACAAUUGAUUGAUUCGACUGGUGGUCUCUUCAUUUUGGAUAACACAGACUUCUAUAAAGUUCCAUUCUCUGAUGUACCAAAUUUAGUUAGAAAUCGAAAGGUUUUUGUUCAAAGUGGCUACGCUUACAUUCCAAGCUUUGAGCUGGUCACAUGCAUUUCCAAUAUCUACAGGCACACUUUGAGUGAAAAUUUAAUUUAUGCAUUUAAAAGGAUGCCCUUAUUAGAUGAUGAUCGCAUCAAUCAUUUGCUGCACAAUCUGAAUGAUGCUUACACUGGUAAAGAUUACAGUGAGGUAAAUGCAAAUAAAUCAGAAAUUCAAGUUGGGAAUUUGGAUAAACAUGCCAAAGAUCAUUAUCCACUUUGCAUGAGGCAUAUUCAUGAAACAUUAAAGGCCAACCAUCAUUUGAAACAUGGAUGCAGGUUACAAUACUUACUGUUUCUAAAAGGAAUUGGAUUGAAAUAUGAAGAUUGCAUGGAAUUUUGGAGGCAAGAGUUUACAAAGAAUAUCGAUGAAGAUAAAUUUCAAAAGCAAUAUUCAUACUUGGUGAAACAUUGCUAUGGUAAAGUGGGUAGCAUGUUAAAUUAUUCCCCAUACAGCUGCGUUAAGAUUAUCACGGAUAGCGUUGGUUAUGGUGAACAGCACGGAUGUCCAUAUAAGCAAUGGGAAUCCACGGUUUUGAAAGAAAAACUUGAAUCUUAUGGUUUAAGACAAGAAAAUGCGAUAGAGAUUUCCGAGAUGGCUCAGAAGGGCCACUAUCAGUUGGCAUGUGGAAAGUACUUUGAAUACACUCGUUUCAAGGAGAACAAGAACGUCAUCAAUCAUCCGAACCAGUAUUUCGAUGAGAGCUAUGGCGCAAUAAAACGUGAAGAAUUUGAAUAAUAAACGAAUAGAAAUAAUAUAUUUUUAACUUA